AUGAACUCAUAAGAAGUUGGUGAACUAUUUCCUGUCUAAUGGCUGUCAACUCUGUUAUCCCAUCAGAACUGCGUCAAUUGAGGGCGUGCUUGUUGUGCGGUUUAGUGAAGACUCUUAAUCAGUUCCAGUUAAAUGGAUGCGAGAAUUGUGAAGACUUUCUUAAGAUGCAAGGUGAUCGAGAAAAAGUCUAUGAAUGCUCUUCUGCCAACUUCGAUGGCUUACUUGCAAUGAUGUCGCCAAACGAUAGUUGGGUUGCUAGGUGGCAAAUGAUUGAUAAACUGACACCUGGAGUAUACGCAAUCAGUGUAUAUGGAACACUUCCCAGUGAUAUAGUGCACUAUCUACGAAGCAAAGGAAUUUCUUACCGGUCUCUCGACAAAAGUGGAAAAUAGAUACGUGCUUUUGGAAACUUGUAAUUUAAACCAUACUGUAUAUUUUUUACGUAAGCUCACACUGCAACAUUAAUACGUCUUUUUUGUUAUAUUAAAUACUAAAAUUUGUUAACCUUCAGUGUACAUAUUUGUAGCUAAGAGUUAAAGCAGUUUUAAAAUAACACUAAAGACCUUUAAAUAGAUGAUAUUUGUAUUAUCGUUUACUUGUUGUCGUCACAGCUUUUGAAAUUUAAGUUGAAGAUUUCGUAGUUCUGAUGGGAUGGUUUUCCAGUAAUAUUUUCAGUUUUCACUGACUCUUAAACAGUUAGUAAGAUCUAAAAACAACGGAGAUUUUUGACUCAGA